CAGAUCUAGCGAUCUUCGACCUGCCACAACACAAGAUGGCUUUCAGCUUUGGUUUCUCGGGCGACGACAUAGAAGAAGACCCCAACGAUGUAGUCGAGCAGACACAAGCCCCAGACGCAGCAGGAAACAAUAUUCCCCAACCCAUCCCAGCGCAAACACAUGACUUGGAUGGACUGCUCUCCACCCUCCCGGACAAAAUCUCCUACUCCACCCUCUCCCUAACCUCCCCCGGCGGCCACACAUCCCACCUCUCCCGGCGCGAACUCUUCGACGUACGCCUCCAACUAAUGGCCGAAGACGACGACACCAACCCGACCCCCCUCUCAGGCCUGACAGACACCGACCUGCAAACCAACGUCUACGAAGGCGGGUACAAGACCUGGGAGUGCAGUCUAGACCUAGUAAAGUACCUGCUGGACCGCGGCCCGCGUAAGGCGCUCGACGACAUGGCGCGCGUGAAUCAUGUGAUUGAAAUGGGGUGCGGGAGUGCGCUGCCCGGCGCGCUGUUGCUGGGAUAUGCGCUGCGCGAGGGACUGGGGCUGUACUUCACGCUGACGGAUUACAAUGCUGAGGUGUUGAGGCUGGUUACGGCGCCGAAUCUGCUGCUGGCGUGGGUUGGUGCGCUGGGGGAGGAGCGCAGCGCGGAGGUUUUUGGUGAAGCGGGGAAUCCGCUGAGAGAUGGGGAGGAACAUGGCGAUUUGUAUGUCACGCCUGAGUUGGUCAAGGCGUUCAAGGAUCAUCUUAAGGAGGUAGGGAUAACGCUUACGUUUAUUUCUGGGUCGUGGACGCCUGUGCCUAGACUGCUGGAGCUUGUGCCGUCGACGCCGGAUAUGAAUACGUUUAUUCUGGGGUCCGAGACGAUAUACAGUCCUGCGUCGCUUGCGGCGUUUACGGAGGCGAUCACCGAGCUGAUGAAGAGGGUCAAGAUGGGGAAGACGAUUGUUGCGGCGAAGAGGGUGUAUUUUGGCGUUGGGGGGAGUGUGGAUGGGUUCCGCGAGGAGUGUGCGGGGAGGGGGUGUGUGGGGUAUGAGGUUGAGUUUGAAGGCCUGGAGAGCGAUGGGGUGAGGAGGUGUUUGGUGGAGGUGCAGAUGUGUUGAGUGUGAAGUAGGAAAGAGUGAUAUGUACAUGGUGAGACUGGAGAGUAGAGUUGGGCCGGUUCGGUUAUUUUUGCACAGACGUCAAGUUGAACAAUCUUGAAUCGGUGUAAUGGCUCUCAUGUUGACGGAGAGCCUCGUUCCUUGUUGUAUUCAUUCGUUUUAUUAUCAUC